UCAUUCUAACGACAUCAGUCAAGUCUACACCAUAUAUCAACGUAUAUUACAAAAUUAAAACUUGAAAACAAUCGCAGCAAAAAGGCGAAACUUUCGAAAAAUUUGCUUGUAAAUCCUUGCGCAGAGGAAGAGCCACCAAAUGGCGAACCAAAGACCACUCGUCGAUCCAGCGAUGGAUCCCAUGCGGAACAGGAACGCGGCUCGGAUUAAGUUCGGUACUCCUCCGGCACCGAAAACAGAAUCGCAUCCUGAAAUGAAGUACAGCGAAGACGAAAAGAAGACGAUUACCAAACUGAAACAGCUUUAUCUGGAGACCAUAGAUCUAGACGUUGCCCUUCAGAAAGAGAUUUACAAUUUGGAGAAGAACUUCCAGGAAAAACAUAAUGUCAUUUUCGAGAAGCGCAAAAAGAUUCUAGAUGAAUUUAGGAAACAAAACUACGGUGACUCGGAACCAAAUCUAAGCGUACCUAAUUUCUGGUUAAAGGUUCUCAAAGCCUCGUAUACAGAGUUCAUAAGCAAGAAGGACGAGAAAAUAUUGGAAUGCUUGUGCGAUAUCCGUGCCCGGCUCCAUAACGAUCCGGUCGUGAAGUUCGACAUCGAGUUCCACUUUGACCCCAACGAUUUCUUCACCAACACGGUGCUGACCAAGACGUACUUCCUCAAUUGCCUGCCGGAUCCGGAAGACCCGCUCUCGUACGACGGCGCCGAGAUCUACAAGUGCGUGGGCUGCAAAAUCGAUUGGAAGCAGGCCAAGGACCGCCAGAAGAAGGACGACACCAUCGAGCAGUCGUCCUUCUUUGACUUCUUUUCACCGCCCGUUUUGCCGGACGACACCGAGGAUCCCAACUACUGUGACAUCAACGCCAUACUGCAAAACGACUUUGAACUGGGCUUUUAUCUUAAGGAGCGUGUGAUUCCCAAGGCGGUGAUCUUCUUCACUGGCGAAAUAGCCGAUUGCCAGAGCUCCAGCGAUUCGGAAACGGAGACUGAUGACACCGAAGACGAGUCGGAUGCCGAGGAGGAAGAGGCGGCCUCUAAUGACAAGUAACCGACUCCCACACAAUUCUCAAUUUUACACGAUUUUCCACAAUUUAUAAACAUUUUUUAACUCGCUGACCGAAGCACCAAACAAAUUAUUGAUCUGUCCUUACUCGCUACAGAGCUACCAAAUAAGCAUUUCAUUAUUCAUUAUACGUAUACCAAAAUGA